AUGGGAGCUUCGGCUCCAAAACGUCGAAAAAAUAAAGUUAUAACAGAUGAAUGUCUAAUGAAAUUAUGGCAACGUUAUGAUGACUGUCGUAUUGACAUUCCAGCGUUCUUGAAAACUGCCGAAAUGAAACUACCAUCAUCACCUAGUGAAAAAUCUCAAACUGUUCAUGUUUCAUCACCGAUAUUAGACUGGAUCGAGAGUCUUGAUAAGAGACCAACCGAUCGUACUGGUGAAGAUCUUGAUAAAAUAUUUUCUAAAUUAAAAGAUGUUAAAGCAUUUGAAAAAUUUCAUCCAUUACUCAUUCAACAAUUGUGUUAUUAUAGCUAUUAUGAAAAUCUCGAAAAAGGUGUUACAUUAUUUCGAACAGGUGAUUAUGGUUCAAAUUGGUUUGCUAUUUUAGCCGGUUAUGUUGACGUUGUUGUACCAAGUGAAAAUGGUAAAGGACAUACGCUUAUAUGUACAUUGGGAUCAGGAGCUGCUUUUGGUGAAUCAAUUCUCUAUGAUAUGCCAAGAAAUGCUACUGUUAUUACAACAGCCUUUUGUGAAUUAUUACGUGUAGAACAAAAAGAUUUUAAAAUAUUAUGGGAAAGAAAUAAACAGUAUAUGCAUGGUGUUAUAACAUCAUUAUCUAGAUUAACAAAUACUUUAGAUCCAAAACGGCGAGCAAGUGAAUUUGAUCCAUCAUUACUACCACAAGUGGGAAGUUCAAAAUUUUUCAGAGAUGAUCCAAGUCGAAAUCCAGCUCUACCAAUAGUUCCACAAAUGAUUCGAGAUCGAAAAUAUCAUUUAAAAAUGCAUCGAAGUUGUUUAGUGGGUUCAGAAAUGGUUGAUUGGCUCAUUCAUCAAAGUCCCAUUGUACAUUCAAGAAGUCAAGCAGUCGGAAUGUGGCAAGCAUUAUUAGAAGAAUCGGCUAUACAACAUGUUUCUCAAGAACACUAUUUUAAAGAUAAAUACUUAUUUUAUCGUUUUUCGGGUGAUGAGGAUGGUAUUGAUAGUCAAUCAAUUAAUGUCGAUAAUCCAGAAUGUGAAGAGCAAUUGCAUGAAGUUAUUAUGAUAUUAACUCAAGUGGCACCAGAUGCAAUGUUAAGAAUGAUUUUACGUAAACCACCACAUGAACGAACUGUUGAUGAUCUUGAAAUAAUUUAUGAUGAAUUAAUUCAUGUUAAAGCACUUUCACAUUUAUCAUCACUUGUUAAACGAGAACUAGCCGGUGUACUUGUAUUUGAAGCUCAUCCAUUUCAAUCGGAAGUUUUAUUUAGUCAAGGAGAUGAAGGAAAAUCAUGGUAUAUUAUAUUGAAAGGUUCUGUUAAUGUUGUCAUUUAUGGUAAAGGCGUUGUUUGUACACUACAUGAAGGUGAUGAUUUUGGUAAAUUAUCACUUGUUAAUAAUUCACCAAGGACAGCCACAAUCGUAUUAAAUGAAGAUAAUUGUCAUUUUUUGCGAGUAGACAAAGAUGAUUUUAAUCGAAUACUUCGUGAUGUUGAAGCAAAUACUAUUCGACUUAAAGAACAUGGAAAAGAUGUUUUAGUUUUAGAAAAGAUUCCUAUUAAUAUGAAAACAAUUGAUGGAAACUAUCAAGUCUGUUACAAAUAUUCAGUAAUGGCUGGUAGUGCCGAAAAAAUGCUUGAAUAUUUAUUAGAAACUCGUAUAUGUGUUAAUUGUGAAGAAGGUGAUACAUUUUUAGAUGAUUUUCUUUUUACUCAUAUCGUCUUUAUGCCUGUUAAUCAAUUAUGUGCAACAUUGUUAACAAUUUUUAAAGCAAAACCUCAUCAACGAUCCGGUGAACGUAUGGAUUUAUCAUUACAUGAAAAAGUCAAAGUAAUACGAUUCGUAUUAGAAUGGCAUAAUAUUGCUGGUGAAGCAUUUUAUGAAGAUACAAAAAUUAAUACAUUUCUUGAAGAACUUCAUCGUGUUAUAAGAAUUGAUGCUAAAAUUUAUCCACAAUUAAGAGAUGAAUUGAAAUCGAUUGAAGCCAUAAUGGAAAAUGAUCCAGAUAAUCGUGAAUCAAAACGAACAAAACUAUCUUGGAAACAACGAAGUAGUAUUGAUAAAUUAAAGAUGAUUCGUGGUUCAGAUGAAGUUAUAUUUAAAGUAUAUUGUGCUGAUCACACUUAUACAACAUUGAAAAUGACUGUUGAUACAUUGGCAUCAAAAAUUGUUCGAUUAGCAGCUGAUAAACUUGGUCUAAGAUCCGAUUUGCCAGAUGAUCUUAAAUUGUGUGAAGUAAAAUCAACUGGAGAGCGUAUAGUAUUUAAAGAAAGUGAUUUGAGUAUAUCACAUGGUCUCAGUUUAAAUGGACGAUUAUUUUUGGCUCCCAGUGAUCAUUUGGACGCUCUUGUACCAUUACCCGAACAAGAAGGUCCAUCACGUGGUACAUGGCAAAAAUUAGAAAUGUUUAGUUCAAAAGAAUUAGCAUAUGUCAUGACACUUUACGAUUAUGAGUUAUUUAAUGCUAUUCAUCAAGUAAAUAAAUUAAAAUUUAUUAUUUGUUGUUGUUGUUUUUUUCGUUUCUGUAAACAAAUUAACUUUGGAUUAACAUUUUUUUUGAAGUAUGAGUUAAUUUAUCAAGUGUUUGGUCGAUAUAAAUAUGGUAAAAUUACGGCAAAUCUCGAUGUUUUUAUGAGAAGAUUCAAUGAAGUACAAUAUUGGAUUGUUACCGAAGUUUGUUUGACAACUAGUCUUGGAAAACGCGUUCAAUUAUUAAGAAAAUUUAUCAAAUUGGCAUCCUAUUGCAAAGAAUAUCGAAAUUUACAUUCAUUUUUUGCGGUAGUCAUGGGUCUAAGUAAUAUUGCUGUGAGUCGAUUAUCACUUACCUGGGAAAAAUUACCAAAUAAAAUAAAACGUAUGUUUUCAGAAUUUGAAGCAUUAAUGGAUCCGUCUCGAAAUCAUCGUACCUAUCGAUCAAGUUUAACAAAAUUAACACCGCCUAUUAUUCUAUUUAUGCCAUUAUUAUUAAAAGAAAUACAAUUACCACAAGGUAUGAAAAAUACUCAAGAAAUUCAAGAAUACAUACGAGAGCUGAGUGUAAUUGAUAAUCAACGAAUUCUUAAUCAAUUAUCAAAUAAAUUGGAACCACGUCAAACAUAG